GAAGGGGGCGGGGAGAACCCCUGGCACACGCCAGGGUCACCGUAGGUGGCAACGGCUAGCGCAUGCGCGUCCUCUCCCAGAAGUCUGGAACGCCGAGGGGCGCGCGCCCCCAUUUGCGCGCGCACGCUUGCGCUAGCCUGGGUUUCCCCGCCUGCUCUCGUUGUCAAAGCGCUCCGGCGCGUGCGCGCGUUAUCUCCGGCCGACCCGAGUGGCCGGGUUCCCUCUGCUCCAGGCCCCCACCCCGCACCGCCCUCUCUGAGUCCCUAGUCUACCCGUCCUCUUCCUUUCCUCACGGAAUGGGGCUGGCGCUGCUCGGGGUCGCGCGCCCGGGACCCAGCUCGUGCUCGGUCUCGUGCUGUCAGCGACUGCCCGGCUCGCGCCUCCUCUCGCUUUCCCUCAGUCACUGGCGCCGAAGGCUCCGUUAAGCAGUGGUGGCGGCGGCGGUGGUUCCUGUUUCCGUUUCUUCCUCUCCCUUCAGUCGAGAGUAGCAUCCUCCACCCAGCUACCCCUCCCACUCCCACAACGCAGGGCAGCUGCGGCUGAGAGCUGUAGCGGCGGCAACUGGGAAACAGCGGAGACCGCCUCUGCUCCCGCCCGGGUUGCUGCUUUUGCUCAGAGGACAUCCAUGACCCUGACGGUGUUUUCAUUCACAAUAAAGUGCUUUCUUGCCCUUACUGAUUAACUGAACAAAUUCAGUCUAUAAUUUCAGUGACCCAGAUUCAAGCAAUAAUAUCUUUCUUUGGAAAUAUCAUGUGGUUUUGUCAGCUUCAUAUGUUCUAGGGGAAUGAAGCAUGUAGAGUCCAUGAAGCACAGGACAAUAAAGCUUCCUACUUAUACCACCAAGAACAUCUCUUUGAAAGAUUCAUCACAGGACUACGAGAGACACUAAUUUGUCUGAAUCAUCAUGUGUUGAAACAACAGACUACUACUAUCUUUGUACUAACAGGAAACAGAAUUAUGAUGUUUGCAAUUCUUUGAACUCCAGAAAGCCAGGGGAGUGAGUUGAAAAUCUGAAAAUGCGGCCAUGGACUGGUUCCUGGCGUUGGAUUAUGCUCAUUCUUUUUGCCUGGGGGACCUUGCUGUUUUAUAUAGGUGGUCAUUUGGUACGAGAUAAUGACCACCCUGAUCACUCUAGCCGAGAACUGUCCAAGAUCCUGGCAAAGCUUGAACGCUUAAAACAGCAAAAUGAAGAUUUGAGGCGUAUGGCCGAAUCUCUCCGGAUACCAGAAGGCCCCAUUGAUCAGGGUCCAGCUUCUGGAAGGAUUCGUGCUUUAGAAGAGCAACUUGUGAAGGCCAAAGAACAAAUUGAAAAUUAUAAGAAACAAACUAGAAAUGGUUUAGGGAAGGAUCAUGAAAUCCUAAGGAGGAGGAUUGAAAAUGGAGCUAAAGAGCUCUGGUUUUUUCUACAAAGUGAAUUGAAGAAAUUAAAGAAUUUAGAAGGAAGUGAACUCCAAAGACAUGCAGAUGAAUUUCUGUCAGAUUUGGGACAUCAUGAAAGGUCUAUAAUGACGGAUCUGUACUACCUCAGUCAAACAGAUGGAGCAGGUGAUUGGCGGGAAAAAGAGGCCAAAGAUCUGACAGAACUGGUCCAACGGAGAAUAACAUAUCUUCAGAAUCCCAAGGACUGUAGCAAAGCCAAGAAGCUAGUGUGUAAUAUCAACAAAGGCUGUGGCUAUGGCUGUCAACUCCAUCAUGUGGUCUACUGCUUCAUGAUUGCAUAUGGCACCCAGCGAACACUUAUCUUGGAAUCUCAGAACUGGCGCUAUGCUACUGGUGGAUGGGAAACUGUGUUUAGACCUGUAAGUGAGACCUGCACGGACAGAUCUGGCAUCUCCACUGGACACUGGUCAGGUGAAAUAAAGGACAAAAAUGUUCAGGUGGUUGAGCUCCCCAUUGUAGACAGCCUUCAUCCUCGUCCUCCAUAUUUACCCCUGGCGGUACCAGAAGACCUUGCAGAUCGACUUGUUCGAGUCCAUGGUGAUCCUGCAGUGUGGUGGGUGUCUCAGUUUGUCAAAUACUUGAUCCGCCCACAACCUUGGCUAGAAAAGGAAAUAGAAGAGGCCUCCAAGAAGCUUGGCUUCAAACAUCCAGUUAUUGGAGUUCACGUCAGACGCACAGACAAAGUGGGAACAGAAGCUGCCUUCCAUCCCAUUGAGGAGUACAUGGUGCAUGUUGAAGAACAUUUUCAGCUUCUUGCUCGCAGGAUGCAAGUGGAUAAAAAAAGAGUAUAUUUGGCCACAGAUGACCCUUCUUUAUUGAAGGAGGCAAAAACGAAGUACCCCAGUUAUGAAUUUAUCAGUGAUAAUUCUAUCUCUUGGUCAGCUGGAUUACACAAUCGAUACACAGAAAAUUCACUUCGGGGUGUGAUUCUGGAUAUACACUUUCUAUCCCAGGCAGACUUCCUAGUGUGUACUUUUUCAUCCCAGGUCUGUCGAGUUGCUUAUGAAAUCAUGCAAACACUGCAUCCUGAUGCCUCAGCAAACUUCCAUUCUUUGGAUGACAUCUACUAUUUUGGAGGUCAAAAUGCCCACAACCAGAUUGCCAUUUAUCCUCACCAACCUCGGACUGCAGAUGAAAUUCCCAUGGAACCUGGAGACAUCAUUGGGGUGGCUGGAAAUCAUUGGGAUGGCUAUUCUAAAGGUGUCAACAGGAAACUGGGAAGGACGGGCCUGUAUCCCUCCUACAAAGUCCGCGAGAAGAUAGAAACGGUCAAGUACCCCACAUAUCCUGAGGCCGAGAAAUAGAGCUUAAGAUGAAGGAGAAGGACAACCAAACUCAGUUCAAACCAUUUGAGCCAAACAGUAGAUGAAGAAGGCCCUGACCUAACAACAUGUGGUUAUAUGUGUAGACACCCUCAGCACCGGGAGCAACUUAAAACUGACAGAUGCUUCAUUGGUGGAAUUCCUCUCCAAGGGCUACAAUGCCCAAAACCCAAGGACAGUCCAAUAAUGUACUCACAUAUAACAUGAAAACAGAUUGUUUUCUACUUUGAGCCUUCUUUCAAGAUUAUGUCUCCAUGAAAAAAAGCACUGCCACAUUGUGUAAUUUAAGUGACACAGACGUUUUGUGUGAGACUUCAAACAUGGUGCCUAUAUCUGAGAGACCUGUGAGACCUAAUGAGAGAAUUUGAAUAGCUCCCUACGGUGGGGAGGUUAAUUAGCCAGUGGUGGUAUUGUAACCACUGAAUACACUCCAGUCAGCAGAUUCAGAAUGAGAAUGGAUGUUUUUGUCUGGAAUUUUUUUUUAAUUACAUCAGUUCAUCCACCUCAUCUUUAGUAAGUGAAGGAGAUACAUCAAAAUAAAAUACUCACACUCCAUUAGGAACUUUUGUAAAAUGAUGCCAUGAACAGAUUCUUUAGUAUUCUGUGUUUCUGGACAUUCUCUUUGAUAACAAAAAAUAAAUUUUAAAAAAGAA